AUGUCUUCUGAGACUUCGAAAGAGGUGACAGUCAACAAAUGGGAUGUUGGUGCGCUAAAAAUAGCACUUGAUGAUGCAGCUAAAGAGCAUGGUUUACUCGAGACACACAAACUUUUCGAUGGACGACUAAUAUUAUGUACGAUAUCUGUCCUAAUAGCUGGCUUCGGAGUCUUAUUCGAUUACUUGUACCCACAUCCUCAUUCCCGAGCAGUACUAAUAAGAAGAAUGUCUUCUUUACUGGACUCAAAGAAGAUAAGACGGGAUUAG